AUGGAAGGUCAGUUAGAUGAAUGUCUAAAAUCUCAAAAUUACAAUUUGAAAUCUCCUGCAGAUUUCGAACAAGCCUAAAAGCAUGGGAAAUCAUAAACAAUUUAUCAAAGCAUUGUUUAAGACACUGAAAGAUGUGUUUGUUGCAAUAAUCCAAUCCAAACUGUUCCAUACUCAGUUACAUGCAGCUUAAAAGUAUUUAAUCAACAUGGCUAUUCAUACAAAUAUUUUAACUAUAUCAAAUUAAACUUUAUAUUAUUGGUCCUAGGAUUCCUUAUUUUUGGAAUAUAUAAUGUUCAAGAGAAUAUCAAAGGAGAUUAAUGUUAGCAACAUCAAGAUUGCAAGAAGAAUUUAAAUAAUUAUUUUUCUCUUCUAAAUAGAAUGGAUGGUGAUGAAUUUAUCAGGUUUCAAGAUAUCUAUCUAGAUGUCUUGUAUUUUAUAGCAGUAUUAGUUUAAAUUUGUUUUAUUGGAUACAUUACUUAUUAUAAAAACCAUUGUCUAAAUGUGGAUAAUGAAUAAGAUUUAGAGAAAGUCAUAAAGUAUUGUUCGGUUAAAGUGUCCCAAAUACCAAUCAAUUGGAAUAGGGAAAAGAUUCAAGAGUUUUUUAGUAAAGGAAUGUGGGAAAAAAAACCAAUAACAUAUAAUAUUUUGGAUAUAUGUUUGAUAUAUGAUCAAUACUAAUUAGAAUAUUAAUUAAAAGAUAAGAUCAGAUAAUAAUUCACAAUAUAAAAUUAAAGCACAAAUAGAUCCCUAAAAGAGGUAAUAUGCAAAACAGUUAACAUUCAAAGUGUUAUUUUAGAUCAAAAAUUAUUAAAGUUUGACGGUUCAGCAUUUAUUACAUUUUCUAAUCAAGCUGAUUUAAUAAAAUUUGUAAGAUAUUUUAGAUGGGUCUUUAUACCUAAUACAUUCAAAUUUGAAUCUCCUCCUAGACCAUCAGAUGUAAUUUGGCAUAAUGAAUCCACAUUUUCAAAUUUAGAAUAUAUAAAAUUAUUGUUCAUAUGUUUUGGUUGGCUUCCUAUAAUCGGAAUUUAAGUGGCAAAAUAAAAUUAUCUUGCAGAAAAUGGUAAUACAUCAUAUCAAAACACCUUACUAAGUUUUACUGUUUCUUUGCUAUUAUACCUUUUAACUAAAUUUUGUGAAAAGUCAAUACAAUAAUUCUUUAAUUUAAAAGACUUUAAUUCUAAUCGACAGAAGAGGAGAGUCUUUGUACUGUUUUAUGAAACAAUUGUAAUUUAAUAUUUUUAUUUAAUUCCUCCAAUCUUUGUUGGAGUGUAUUCAGGAAGUGGAACUCGGCAACAAAAACUUUGGAGAGCAGGAGGAUUAAGUGAAGAUUUAUUAUUCAUCUAAUUAUUAAAUGCAAUCUUUCCAAUCAUCUUCAGCAUAAUAGAUGAGACUUAUGCAUUGUAAUUAAUAAAAAGAUACUGGUUUAGAAGAAUUAAUAAGGAUUCAGAUUUAACUUAAAUAGAGGCAGAUUAAUUAUAUGAACGUCAACUUGAUUAUUAGAAAAAGAGACUAUCAAUAACUUAACUGGUUUCUAUAUGUUGUUAUUAUGGGUAUAUUUAUCCAAUCUGCUAUUUUAUCACCAUCAUCGCUCUCAUUGUUAUCUAUUGGAUGGAGAAAUAUAAUUUCGUAAGGAAUGGAGUAAGCUCUAAAGCUUCAGUUAAAUUUCACAUCUCAAGAUACAAUUUAUUAGCAUUUUUAUUAUUUGAAUUACUUUCAAAAUAGAUUUUUCACAUAGCAUUUUGGCAAUUUGAUUAUAAAAGUGCUACCAACUACAUAUAUGCUUUAUAAUAUAUGUUCCUAACUUAUGUAAUUAUAACAAAAAAAGAAUGUAUUAUUAAAAAAAGAAUCCAUAGAAAUUAUGAUGAAAAGUUACUUUAAGAAUCACUCAAAUACUAUGAAAAUUAUUCAAGACAUAAUCCAAUUAUGAACCAUCAGUUUGAAUAAAAUUAGGAAGAAAUCUAAUAAUUUUACAGAUAUUCAAGAUAAGAGAAGUUCUAUGCACAACUUCAAUUAAAAUUGUAUAGGGAAUUAAAAUAAGAAUAUAGUUCUAAAGGUACAGUCAGAAUACACCCAACGGAGAUCGUUUCCCUUAGGUUUUAGGAAUAAUGA